UAUGCAGGUAGUAGAACCGUACGACGCUUAAAUUUUGGAACGUGUUAUGUUAUUGAGCCCAUAGAAAUCCAUAAAGCAACUAUAGUAUGGCUGCAUGACCUCGACCAUAUCGGACGCCGCUGUUUAGAGCCUCUGAAAGAUUUGAAUCUUCCAAGUAUAAAAUGGAUUUGUCCGACUGCUCCCAGACUUCCCGUUACUUCCUUGGCUGGACAAAACGCCACUGCGUGGUGCGACAUCACAAAAGUUUCAGAGAGCAUGCAACAUGAUUUCGAAUCAUUAGAUAGUGUAAAUUCAUAUGUUGCUGAUCUUUUAUCUACCGAACCAACGAAUGUUAUUAAAGGUGUAGGAGGUGUCGGUUUGGGAGCAGCAGCAGCUCUCUAUUUUGCGAGUUCCUGCGCCUUUGGAAAGGUCCAGAUUAAGCAACAAAUGAUUAACCCGCAAAUUGUUAUAGGGAUCAACGGUUGGCUUCCUGGCUUGACGAGCUUACAACCCAAUAUGAAUAAUGCUUUUGGGACUUUUAAUCGUGCUAAAUUGCAACGAAUCUUACUUUUACACGGAACCUCUGAUGAUGUAGUUCCCUCCGAGUUUGGAUACAAAUGUGCUGUUUCCCUUCGAAACAAUGAAUUUCCAACCAUGUUUAAACAAUGUGGAGGGUAUAAACAUCGAUUAAUUCUCUCUCUCUCUCUCUCUUUUUUUUUUUACAUAUUUUCUGAUUUUAGGUUGUCAUUUGCAGCAAUCAUGUAAUGACCGAGAUAUGCGUUUGGCUCACACAAACCUUUGGACUCUGAAAAUGAAUUCAAACUCUGCAUAAAUAAAAUAAUCGAGAACAAAAAUAUCAUGGAGUAUUACAUAUUAAUAUACAUUAGAAAGUGUUUUAGUGUCAUUUUUAUGUUUUUAAUAUCCAGUAGUUAAUGUACUCUUUAUUAUAAACCUAUAUAUACAAAUUAUUAUAUAGUUUGGAUUUUGGUGUAAUCGUGAGUUUUUAAUUAUCAUUUCAUAAUUAUAAAAGGCUCUUUACAGCUAAGAUAAGUAUAUAUUUAGAUAUAAAUUAGUAAGUAUUUUACUAUAUUAAUUAAAAUUCCAUGCUUUACAAAUAAAAUCUAUAAUAUUAUUUGAGAAGUGAAUUUGCUCAUUUUCAUGAUUUCCAUAAUUUUUGGAUAAGUCAAUAGUUUUCAUAAAUAUUUUUUUAAUGUAUUUUUAUAAUAAACAUUUUUGGAAACAUGAUAAUUGCAAUAUUUCAGCUAUACAAAUAUUGGAUAUUAUCUUAUUUUUAUUAUAUUAAAAAUCCAUUUGAUUUUAGGUGAUUUAGUUAUUUUAAUAAAUAUUUUUAAUAAUAUUUAAAUAUAAGAUAAUAAACAGUUUUGAGAAAAUAUGAUAAUUAUCAUCUACACAACUAUUUGAUAUUAUCUUAUAAAUAUUAUUUAAGAAUAUUCUUCUCUUAUAUGUCAUGAAAGGAUUAUAUUUAUAUUUUGGUAUUAAAAAUUAUAUAAUUUUGGAUUUUUUAAUAUAAGUUCAUCGAUAGCAUAUACAAUUUAUUAUUUUUAUUUAUUAGUGUUUAGUUUUUAACAAUAUUUUUCAAACGAGUAUAAAUUUUAUAAAUAUGUGUUAUCACAAAAGCUCAUAUUUAUGUUAUAUCCAUACCAAAGCAGUACUCGAAUACAAGUUGUAGAGAAACAUUAGAAAAAAAACUGCAAUGAAAAAAGAUGAAUAUUUGAAACAUAAGAGAUAUAAACAUUUUUAGAACAUUGGUGGAAUUAUUUA